AUGGCCGGGAGACGACGUUUGCAAGAACUGUUUGCCAGGUAUGAUCUCUCUGCAGAUGGUGUACUGUCCGAGGCCGAGAUGAAAAGCGUCUUCGCCAAGGUCGGGAUACUUGAGAAGGAUGCGGAGACUAUCUUCAAAGCUGCUGAUGGCAACAAGGAUGGCGUCAUCCAGGUGCACGAGUUCAUCUCGUGGCUGACCUCGCGAAAGUCUGCAGUAAAGGCCGUGCAGGACAAGCACGGCACUGUGACUGCCACUAUCACCAAUACCUCUGACCGCGCAAGCAAGCGCUUCACGCUCAGCUUCAACAGUUGCAAGAACAUGAGUUUUCCUGAAGGGAAUCCUGCCACGUUUCUUCUCCGUCCCGGCGAGCAGGUUGUAAGAACUGUCUGCGCGGUCGAGGAAAAGGGGCAAGCCUGGAAGUGGAGAUAUCGAUGGACUGCAAGGGCAGAGUUUGUGGGUAUCGAGGAUGAGCCCAAUGCAUUCAAAGACGAAGGUUUUCAAUGCGACGCCACAAGCAUUGGAGAGUCUUCCUCUCAGUUCAGCGUCGGGGAGCCUGACAUUUGGGCUCGAGCCCGUUUGCUCGGGGAUCCAGCGGAGGCCGUGCUUUUUGACCAAGUCCGGCCACAGGAUGUCAUCCAAGGCUCUCUGGGAGACUGCUGGCUCCUCUCCUGUUUGAGUUGUUUGGCUGAACACCCUUGGCGGAUCAAGGCCUUGUUUCCCAAUGCCCGGCAGUUAAACGACGAGGGUAAGUACGAGGUGCAAUUGUUUGAUAUUGCUACAGAGUCCUGGACACUUGUCACCGUUGAUGAGUUCGUCCCUUGCAACAUCAAGAACGGAAUUCCUGUGCCCACCUUCGCCAGACCGCUAGGUGAAGAGAUCUGGGUACAGCUUAUUGAGAAAGCCGUCGCCAAGUUCUGUGGCAGUUAUGGAGCUCUCUCUGGAGGAGGCGUUGGCUGGGCGUUUCAGGUGAUGACAGGUGAGGUUCAUAUCCUGUCCUUUGAGAAGCUUUCAGAAAGCCUUUGGCGAAGGCGGUAUAUGCACCGCGAGAAGCAGCUGGCUCGUGGGCCCAGGAAUCCACGAAAUAGUUGGUGGAGAUGGAGUAACACAGACACGCACGACUCAAAUCAGCUAUUUCAGCUUCUGAAGGGCCACCAGGAGGCAAAGCACAUCAUCUCCUGCAUGAUUGCUGGGAAGGAGGCUACAGCAGAGCAGGCCAAAAGCAAUGGCCUCUACAUCAAACAUUAUUAUUCGCUGCUGGAUGUUGUGUCUGAGACAGCGGAUGAUGGUCUUGGUGUUUGCCUGGUCCUUCUUCGAAAUCCAUGGGGUAGGAAAGAGUGGACUGGAGACUGGAGUGAUGCCAGUGAGCGAUGGGAGCAGAAUCCACAGCUGAGGGCGAAGCUGGAUGCCCAUGUCCGCAAUGAUGGUAGCUUCUGGAUGUCUUUCGAAGAAUGGGCCAUGAUGUUUACACUGGUGGUUGUCUGCCCUUCGUCGGGCCUCCUUUCCGUGGAGUCCUCUCUGAAGGCCGCGCUUGAUGGUGCAGGGAGGCAGACGCCAGAGAAGAGUGCCCGUGCACAGGCGCUCACGAAGACCAUUGCAGAGCUGGCACGAAACAAGCGACUUUCACGAGCCAUUGAGACGUUCAAGCAGUUUGAGGAAGAGGGCCUGCGGCCGAGCGUUUACACUUUCUCAAGCCUCAUCAACGCCUAUGUGCGCGCCGCGGACCUUGCGGGUGCUCUGGAAGUCAUGGCGACAAUGAAAGCGCAAGGCAUCAAGCCGAACGUGAGUCGUUUGCCUGCAAAUGGAUGCUUGUACCACGGCGACGUGCCCCUGGCCGGUGAAGUGUUCGAUGCCAUGCAAACCAGGUGGCAGCUCGUCCCAGAUUUCACCAGCCUCCGCUAUGUGGUGCAGUUGCUCAGCCAGGGCCUCCGUGUCAAUGCCAUUAAGGGGGUGAACUGCAAGUUCUUCCACGACUUGGAGGCAUCGCCAGAGAAUCAGGAGCGCAUGGAGCGUGAAAAGGCUUCGGCCGUGGCUGCCAUGAAUCUUUCUCUGGCCCAUGCAGCUGCGAUGGUUGGUCGGUGGGUCCUGUGCCGGCGUGCACUUACCCGUGCAGAGGACUUCUACAGGUGCGACGAGGCUGAGAGAGAAGCUGGGAGCCAUGGUCUCUUUCAGGAACUUGGUCGCGAAGAAGCUUCCAGGGAGAUUCAGCGUAUCUCGCGGGUUCUGCAGACGGAGCAGCCGCCCCAGUCCUACGACUUCCUUUGCCGAACAUUCCUUUUCAGCAGCUCAACUGAGUAG